AUGGAAGCGAAGGCGAAGCCCCUUGUGGUCAACGAGGCGCCUAUGCCAAAGGCAGGACCGAGCGAAGUCAUCAUUAAGAACCACGCCAUUGCUAUCAAUCCGAUUGACUGGAAGAUACAAGAGACCGGUACGGCACUCGGCAGGCGCUACGCCACCGUUCUUUCACCACGGGGCCUGCCGGAGGGGGUUGAGGGGAUGCAUGUUUUUGCGAGCGUGAUCGCGAGUAAAGGUAGGAAUGUCGGCGAGGCGGCGUGGGGGAAGUGGGUGCCAGGUGCUUUGGAGAGUGGAGCGCUCAACGCGAAGCCGGAUCCGGUUGUGGGCGGUAAGGGGUUAGAUGGUAUUCAAGACGCGUUGGAUAUGCAGAAGAAAGGGGUUAGUUUAGCGAAGGUGGUUGUAGAGUUGUAG